UUACUGUGGUUUUGUUCCGCACUGCUGUGAUACAAGGAGACCAGGAUCACUGCUGUGCUGCGAGGGACUGCGUUUUCAUGGGCUAACAGUGAGUUUAGGGUUUCCAGCCAUGAACCGCUUCAAUGGACUCUGCAAGGUGUGCUCGGAGCCAAGAUACAGACAGAUUACAAUCCCUCGAGGAAGUGAUGGGUUUGGCUUCACAAUCUGCUGUGACUCCCCAGUCCGUGUGCAGGCAGUUGACUCUGGCGGCCCGGCAGAGAAGGCUGGUCUGCAGCAGCUGGACACCGUGCUGCAGCUGAACGAGCAGCCUGUGGAACACUGGAAGUGCGUGGAGCUGGCACACGAAAUCCGGAACUGUCCCACUGAGAUCAUAUUACUGGUCUGGAGGCUUGUCCCACAGGUCAAGUCAUCAGGAAAUGAAGGCAUGAUCCGGAGAUCGUCCUGCAAGUCUGCCUAUGACCUCCAGUCACCACCUAACAAGCGGGAAAAAAACAGCACCAUGCCUCUGCGGCCUGAGCAGCGCCAGAGUUGCCACAUACUGUAUGACGGGAGUGACGGGCUGGUGCUGAACGGCUGGGAGAGGUACACGGAGAUUGGGAAGCGGAGCCAGAACACCAUGCCACCCCUGUCCCGGGUACCCUCUACUGGGGACAAGAACUACAUCAUCUUAGCGCCUUUGAACCCAGGGAGUCAGCUGCUGAGGCCUGUCUAUCAAGAGAACAAUGCUACUGUGGGAAAUGCAUGCAAAGGGAAAUCCCAUAUGGGGUCUGGGAGAAAAUCCAGGCUGAUGAAGACUGUGCAGACAAUGAAGAGCUAUGGGAACUACCAGAACUGUACCAUCAUGCGUCCACACAUCCCACACUCCAGCUAUGGCACAUAUGUGACGCUGGCGCCCAAAGUGCUGGUGUUCCCCGUCUUCGUGCAGCCCCUAGACCUUUGCAACCCAGCCCGGACUCUGCUUCUGUCGGAGGAGCUGCUCCUUCAUGAGAGCAGAAGCAAGACUAUACAGGUGACCCUUUUCGUCUACUCGGACUUGCUGCUGUUCACGAAGGAGGAUGAGCCAGGGCGCUGCAACGUGCUGAGGAACCCUCUCUACCUGCAGAGCGUCAAGCUUCAGGAGGGUUCAGAAGAUCUGAAAUUCUGCAUCCUUUACCUUGCAGAGAAGUCGGAGUGCUUAUUAAGUUUGGAGGCUUACUCCCAGGAGCAGAAGAAGAGGAUCUGCUGGUGUCUGGCUGAGAACAUCACUAAGCAGCAACAUCCGGCAUCAGCUCCUACGGAGAACAAGAUGCUGGAGACGGAUACUGAGAAGCCAGGGCAGAUGCACUCGGAGGAGGGGAAGGUUGCGCUGGGCGAUGCUCCUCCAGCCACAGAAGCACCAGCUCCGGCUGAGUCCAGGGAGGCUCUGGGGGCUGUGCAGGGCCCUCUCCUUGCUGAAAAGCUGCUGCCGGCUCCUGAGAGGGUAGAGGAGCAGCACAGCUCAAUCCCAGCCUUCAUCAUCCCCGAGCUGCGACUCGACAGCACCUUCAGCCAGAACAUGGCGGGCCCAGGAUAUGGUGUCACAGAUGGUGAGGAUGAGGAGGAUGAUGAUGAGGAGGAGGAGGAGGAGGAGGAAGAGGAGGAGGAAGAGGAGGACAGUGAUGAGCACUACUUGGAGAGGAAUGAGGCGAAGCGCAGCAGCAUGAUUGAGACAUCGGGCUGUCAGCCUGUCUACACGCUGAGCGUGCAGAGCUCCCUGCGGCGCCGGACCCACAGCGAGGGCAGCCUGCUGCAGGAGGCCAAGGGCCACUGCUUCACCUCCGACACCACCCUCAACUGCUCGGACAGCCAGGGUGCCAAGGGCCACUGGGCCCUGCCCUCCCCCAGGACCCUCAAGAAGGAGCUCACCAAGAAUGGUGGUUCCAUACACCAGCUCAGCCUGCUUUUUUCAGGGCACAGGAAGGUACGUGAGCUAGGUGGGACAGCCAGGCCCCCGCCUGCCGCCGGGCGCCUUGCCUGCCUACUAAACCUUGCUCUUCCCCCUAGAGCCAAAGACAUGAAGAACCGUCUGGGGAUUUUCCGGCGGCGAAACGAAUCUCCGGGAGCCAACCCGAGCAGCAAACUGGACAAAGUGCUCAAGUCGCUCAAGCCGACUCCCGAGGAAGCUCUCAAGUGGGGGGAGUCUCUAGAGAAACUGCUACUUCACAAAUAUGGGCUAGCAGCCUUCAGGGCCUUCCUGCGCACCGAGUUCAGCGAGGAGAACCUGGAGUUCUGGCUGGCGUGCGAGGAGUACAAAAAGAUCAAAUCGCAAUCCAAGAUGGUAUCCAAAGCCAAGAAGAUCUUUGCGGAGUAUAUCGCUAUCCAGGCUGGUCUCUGUUCCCUGCAGGUGAACCUGGACUCCUACACACGAGAGCACACCAAGGAGAACCUGCAGAACAUCACCCGCAGCUGCUUCGACCUUGCUCAGAAGAGAAUUUAUGGGCUCAUGGAGAAGGACUCCUACCCCCGCUUCCUCCGCUCUGACUUGUACUUAGACAUAAUUAACCAGAAGAAAGCCAGCUCCCCACUGUAGACCCAAGGUCUCUCUCGGAGCGGAGUGGGAACUGUGUGUUUACAUGAAAUCGGGUGGUGGUGGCCUUCCCCGGGGGAUGGCGGGAGUGUGCCUUCCUGCUGGUGUUCAUGCCCCCAAGCCAUAUUCCUGCAGCAGCUGGGCAUGAGGCAGGCGAGGGCACCGAGCGUGAGGCCGAAGGGACCAACAAGCCAAGCAGUCUGGUACUGCUCCAUCGCCCCCAUCUCACCAUCGCUGGUACGACGCCUUUGGGGUGACUCUGGCAUGGAUUUUAGCCAGGAGGGAAGCUCCCAUGAGACUACUGUGAAGCACAUGCCUGAACUGUGAGCGUUCCUGGAAGGCGACGAGUGAUCCUGACUCGGUGAGGAAGAGGAGGACUUUUGUGCAGGGCUCCGGCAAGGGGGAAACAGCACCACCGUGAACAGCUUCCCUGGAUAUAAGACUUCUAAACUGGACCAGUCCCACGUCACCGAUGCUGCUGUGCUUCCCCAUGCCGGCGAGAGCCUCGCUGGCCUGGCUCCCGUGCUCCCCCGACGCAGCUAUCUCACAGGAGCCCGGCGCUUCCUUCGCUUGUGGCGAGUCACCCCUGGGAGCAGCGAAAGCCGGUUCGUUCCCCUGCGCUGGAGGCGUGCAAUCAAACCGCUUCCUGCUCCCAUCCCUCACCUCCUGGUUUAUUUAUUGACCUCCUAUAGCUGGACGCGUUGCUGUGUAAUAGGAAAUCCUUGUGUCCUUUCCUGUUCUGAAGUUACAAGUGCAAUAUUUGUGUGUGUCUCGGCGGAGUUCUCCAGUGGAACGGAUGCCUUCUCUUUUAAGAGUGCGUACAAAAUUUUCUAAGUUUGCAGGUUUUAUCUGACAAACGGCGUGUUCCCUAGCAGCAGGCCGCUGGGGGAGCCUGGGUGUAUAUAUCAUUCCCUGACGACAGAGGGUUUGAUGAUGUAGAUAAGCAGCUCUGUGAAUCAGACGCUCUCACUACUCUGGAUAACAAUAUUGUGUUUCGAGAAACGUGGGUCAUUGCUGAACCUGGCAGAGCUGGACAGACUGUCUGCGUCCAGGUGCCGAGUUUACAGUGCAAAGCAUCUCUGCAGCUAGCAAAAAUACAUUGUCAUGGUCAUAGGUAAAUAAA